UUGUAUACCAUUUUACGGUAAAAUAGCCGCCGAACAGAAUAUCAAGGUCGCUGUCUGCUCAUAUCAGAUCUUCUUCUAAUAAUAAAUAAUAAUCGGCGUCCUCAAGAUUAAAAAUAAUAAUAAUACGCUUAUUAUACGUACGUAAUACGCUAUUUUGUUUGUGAGCCGCCGUUGUUGUUGUGCACUGUGUGAUUUGUGUACUGUUUAUAGUGUUCAGUGUGUGUGUGUGUGUGUGUAAUCAUUAUCUAAUACUGUCGCUUUUACGUGAAAAGGUUCGUUGUUUGUUUACUACAAUAAUAUUAUAAUAUAUAGUUGACGUUUUCUCGGAUAAUAAUAAUAAUUCAACGUUAGCGCCUACAGAUAAACCGUACUCAUUACCGUGUACUACAACAUUGAACAUCAGACCUACCUACCCCUACCAACGACGAUGGACUGCAAUGAAACAAUGAAAACGUUUGGAUCGUUCAAACUUACGUUGUAAGUUGGUUUUGUAUCGUUGGUUUCGAGAGAGAACAACAACAACAACAACGAUGAAGUUGUUGGAGAGCUCACAGUUGAACGCGUUGUCGCAGGCGUUGUGCGUGGACCGCGGUGACGAAAAAGUCAUAGCCAGAAUCGAGAGCUAUAGCUGCAAAAUGGUAGGAGACGAAAAACAACAGUACAAGAAAUUCUACCAAGAGAGCGGCACGCAACCAAACGACUUGGAAGCUUUGAGUUCGCCCAGCGAUAGAUACAACGGCGGAAGGAGUUUAAGCGUUUCCGGAGACGACGGAGAUCAGUUGUGCGACACUAUUUCCCGCAAAUCCCUGUUCUAUUUGAUCGCCACGUUGAACGCAACGUUUGCGCCGGAUUACGAUUUCACCGACGCCAAGUCGUCCGAAUUCAGCCGCGAGCGCAGUCUACAAUGGGUGAUGCGCGACAUCGACAACAAUUUGAGCGCCGUCAUUGUGGAACCGUCUUCCGACGGUAAGUCCGAUGUCGUUCAGAACGCCUCCAAGACGAGCUACGGACAAAUCAGGCAUGCGCUAUGGGAACAAAUAGACAAAGAGAUCGGAAUGUCACAAUGCGAUAUCUACAGCUAUACGCCAGAUAUGAGGUCGGACCCGUUCAGUGAAGACGGAUGUUUAUGGUCGUUCAAUUACUUUUUCUACAACAAGAAACUGAAACGAAUCUUGUUUUUCACUUGUCGUCGUAUAGUCGGAUCGUGUUACCCUAUGGAUUUUGACGGAUCUCUUCAUUCGGACGAAAUGCUUAUGCAUCAGUAUUGCGACGGCGAAGCCGACACGUCUUACAGACAUUGCCACAGUAGGGAAAGAAGUCCGUUGACUAGUAGAUGGAUUGACGCUGAAUUACAGUGAUUGAAAUGUUUUAUUAAUUUGUAAAGAUAUUAUUUAUGUUUUAUUUUACUUUGUAAAGAUGAUCUCAACACGAAGAUAUCUAUUAUAAUAUUACUAAAUUAAAUUUUAUUUCUAUUUUGUUUUGUACUUAAUAGAUUUGUUUAAUUUAUUAUUUUGAUUCUAUACAAUUAUUAUUAUUAUUAUUCUGUAUAAUUUAUUUUUUAAAUAUAUUAUUUUACUUAUUUUAUCAUAGAAAUGUAUAUGAAGAGAGUUUAUUUAUAUUAACCCAAAAAAUAUGAAAUAAUAUUAUGCAAACAUUAAAAAGAUUAAAAAUUAUGUAAAAAUAAUUAUAUUUAAGACUACCGCAACUAUGUAAGUCACUCAUGUACCUUAUUAACAUUAUGGAUGUGUGUUAUUUUAAGUGAGUUUAGAACAAAAUAUGUAAUUAUUAUUUUCCUAACUUAUUAUUAUUCACCACCAUAAAAUAUAGUAUAUUUUUAGUAGUUUUUUUUUUUUUAGAAUAAAAUAAGAUAUUUUCUGUGUUUUACAUUUUUUAGAUUGUACGUGUGUUUAUAUUUAUAUUGAAUUUUAACAUAAUAAUAUUAAAAACUUAAUAGGUUGUUUAUAUUUUAAAAACACUUUAUUAUAUUACUGUAUGUACUCGGUACACUAUUAUUUCAAUCAAAAAUGUAUUUACAAAAAGCUUACUAAUAAUACUAUGUUAAUAGCGUUUUGCAAAAGAUAAAUAAUAUACCUCAUAAUUUAUUAAAAUCGAUUGUGUACUCUUAGUUUGUACUUAACAUUAUUUAUGGACUAUGUAUGUUCACAAUACGUGUUAAUGAAUAAAUUUAAGGCAAGUAUAGUGUAGUAUUACCUGAAAGUAUGUAAUAUACAACGUCUACCUAGUGUACCUGUGCUUAACUGUUGUAGUGUAGAACAUGAGAAUAAAAUAUUUUUAAAUGUAUUAAAAAAAAAAACUAGUUUUUUUUUUUUUUUUUAACUGUAAAAGUAAGAAUAGUUAACUGUACAAUAAUUUCGAAAUUAAUAAAAUACUAAAAACCAAACGUUUGGAAUUGUUGUAAAAGCGGUAUGCCUUGUACCGCGUUUGAAUCGGUCAUUUGAAUGAAUUGGCCCGUAAGUCGCUAAAUUCUUGUCACAGAGUUGACUUCCGGUCCGAAUAGGGAUUUGGAUUAGAUCUGUUCAUAAGGCAAACACCAUUAAUUAUUAUCAGG